AUGGCACGCCCCACUCCCUGCCGCUAGCCGCUGUUGUAUCCGAUGCUACUGAACAGAUUUGUCGCGAUACAAACUAGCUACACACUGGCAUUAAAACCACGAAAAGAUGCUCCUUCACGGGAUUAAAACAAUAAAAACUACAAGAAGAAGUCUGGGAAAACUUUACCCAACUGUGCCCAAACUUUGAUAGACUACAACAACCCAAUUCACUUCCCUUACAGUGUUAGCAUUGUUUUAUCUCACCACUAUUGGCCAUUGGACGCGUUUUUUGUGUGUUUUUUCUUCUUCUUCUGGAGCAGUCCAGUCUGAUGAAUUCACCGAAAAAAGACGGAGAUGAUGAUGUGCCCGUUAAAGACCCGGUAAAAUACGGCGAAUUGGUCAUUUUGGGGUACAAUGGCUCUCUUCCAAGUGGAGACCGUGGGCGCAGAAAGAGCCGCUUUGCUCUGUACCGAAGGGCCAAGGCUAAUGGUGUCAAGCCCAGCACUGUGCACAUCCUCAACACACCACAGGACAGCAAGGCUGUGCACAGCAGGGGGCAGCACAGCAUCUCUUUCACACUGUCCCGGAACCAGACGGUGGUGGUGGAGUACUGCCAUGACAACAACACAGACAUGUUCCAGAUCGGACGCUCCACAGAAAGCCCCAUUGACUUCGUGGUGACAGACACCUCUGGAGGGGGAAAGGAGGGGGAGGACCCCUCCAUCGCUCCCAGCACCAUCUCACGUUUUGCCUGCAGGGUGGUGUGUGAGCGCAACCCUCCUUACACUGCACGGAUCUAUGCCGCAGGCUUUGACUCCUCCAAAAAUAUCUUCCUAGGGGAGAAAGCUACCAAAUGGAAAAACCCUGAUGGGCACAUGGAUGGCCUGACCACCAACGGGGUGCUAGUGAUGCACCCGGAGGGGUUCCCAGAGGACCCCAAGCAGGGUCUGUGGAGGGAGAUCUCAGUCUGUGGUGAUGUCUACGCCCUGCGAGAGACACGCUCUGGACCCAGCCGGGGCAAACUGGCAGAGGGUGAGAGUAGCGCACUACGUGACGGCUCCUUGGUUGAUCUGUGUGGUGCCACCCUGCUUUGGCGCACAGGAGAGGGGCUCCUGCGCGCUCCCACCCUGCGUCACCUGGAAGCACUUCGGCAGGAGCUGAAUGCGUCCCGCCCUCAGUGCCCUGUAGGUCUCAGCACACUGGCCUUCCCCAGCCUGCCCCGCAGCCACAGCCUUGAAGAACGACAGCCCUGGGUCUACCUCACCUGCGGCCAUGUCCAUGGACGCCAUGACUGGGGCCAGAGAUCUGAGGGAGAAGAUUUACCAGGAGAGGGUGAAGGCUCCGGAAUCCGCAGAGAAUGUCCCCUGUGCAGGAGUGUGGGUCCCUACGUGCCUCUGUGGCUGGGGUGUGAGCCCGCUGUGUACGUGGACGCCGGAGCUCCCACUCACGGUUUUGUGCCGUGCGGCCACGUCUGCUCAGAGAGGACAGCCAGGUACUGGGCCGAGACACCGCUGCCACACGGGACGCAUGCCUUCAGACCCGUCUGCCCCUUCUGCUCCACUGCCCUCAGCACCCCCGGGUGGACGCGGCUCAUCUUCCAGGGCCCCAUCGACUAGUCGCCACACCACAGCAACCACUAUCACAGUAACAAAAAGAUGCCUGAGCUUCAUUCAUGUCACAAAUGUUGAUUAGUGUUCAGUAUUGAAAGGUAAUUCAUUUGGAUUAUUAACAUUGUGUUACUGACUGAAGCCCUAGGCGGAGGAUUCCUUCCCCUUAUUUCUCCUUCAAUGCUUGUUGAUUGGUUCAGGAUCUGGAGGACAGGUGAAUGAAUAACACAACUGAAUAGUCGAUACUGUCAUGUGACUAUUAAGUCCAGUUCUCUGUCAUAGAGGAGUCUGUUUGUCAUUCUAACCAAACACUACACAAGCUGGUUUCACAAUGCUGCUUCAGAAACGAUGUAUGAAACACAGUAUAAAGGAAACCUUAGUGUCUUAAUCCACUGCAGGUCAGGUUGACUCAGUGAAAUAACAUUAUAUACCAAUAUUCUCUAAUAAUAGGGGUGUAGUAUUUCACUUCUUCGCUUUGAUUACCAACUUCUCACUCUGAUUUCUUUCUAAUUUUGAAAAGGCUAGACGUUGUGAAAUGCUGCUGCUCAAUACCUUCUUUCACUUCGCAAUCCUCACUUUCAUUACCGCAUUAUAUAACACAUCUAGCCUCAACUUUUGCAACAACCCCACCCCCUCCUCCCCUUUCUGCCUUUCACAUUCAGUGAAAUGAAUUUUUUUCCCAGCCACUUAAAUGACCAACUGAUUUAUAUUCAUAGCUUCCUUCUCAGCGGAUAGCAUUAUAAACUUAUGGUAAAUGUGGAAGGAUACAAGGUGGGACUGGAGGCUUUUGCACUGAUGCAGCAUUUCAAUUUCUUAGUGAUUCAUGAAAAGGAAAUUAUAAGUCAUUUUUAUUCAGCAUGUUUUUUUGUGUGUGAAAUCUACACACAGAAACCCCUUUUAAAUGAGACUUCUCGUGUAGUAUUAGGUUGGAAUGAAACCUUGCAGACUCUUUGAUUAGCAUUAAGGAAACUCCACAUACACAUAAAAUAAGCUCCCCUGUCCACUCCAGAUUUCCUCCUGAUCAUCAAGCAGACUGAGUGCAAACAAGGGCUUGGAACUAAACUGGGUAAAAUCCACUUCACAACUCUCUAAAGCAAUAAUAGCACUCUCAUAGAUAAGCUAGAUGUUUUUGCUAUUUUUAGCCAAGAGUUAGGUCAGCGGUUGCUUAAAACAUGGCUGAAAUGGUUUCCAGGUUAAGGGCUCAACCAGAGGUGUGUUCAAUUCAGGAUUUAUUUUUUUAUCUCCGAGUGAGGUCUAAGACCAAUGAUCUAAGUGUGUGUGAUGCAACCAAAGCACUAGAAUAAAGAGUGAACCACUGAGUUAGUGAUGACAUACCUGACAUCUUCCAUUUUAAAUCAUCAUAGAUGCAUGAAGUAGCCCGAUCAUGCCGACAGAAAUCAGCGUGUUUAAGCUGCAGAGGAACACAGCAGUCUGUAUUAUUGUGUUAAUUUGAACACACUUCUGGUUACUGAAUUAUGCUAAACAGGGUCUAUGUUAGUGUGAUGGAGUGUCAAAAAGGUUUGGCCUUGCAUAACCUCAAAAGAUAACCUUUGUUUUUUUUGUUUCAAAGAAAAACUAUUUUGUUAGGAAAUGGGGAGGGAUUUAUUUGGGG